AUGCACACAAGCAACAGGGCUCAAAGUCGAGACGAUGUCAUCAGUCGGUUGAAUGAAAGACAGGAAUCACAGAAAGCUCAACAUGACAGAAAUGCUAGAGAUCUACCUCCACUAUACAAAGGACAGAAGAUCUUCAUCCAAGACCAGAGCACCAAUAGGUGGAAGCCUGCCCAAGUACAAAAUGUCUGCGAGGAACCCAGAUCCUACAUGGUAAAACAGGACGAAGGUGGUGUGGUUAGGCGCAACCGACACCAACUCCUCAGCCCAAGUCCAUCUCCACAAAGAAGGCCACUCCCUCCACAUCCUCCGACCCACCAUUUUCUCCCCAUCCCUCAACCCCUCUUUGUAGAGAGAAGUCCUCACCUGCCUCUCCUUCCCCCUUUUUCCCAAUCCUCAAUCCCUCUCAGUAGAGACCCCAGCCCUUUUAGACAAACAUAUACACCCCACCACACCCCCAGUCCUUCUCCCAUUAAAUCCUCGGAAAUGCCCCCUCCACUAAACAAAAGGCACAGAAGCCCCACAUGA